AAUGCGCGCGCGUCAUCCCGGCCGGUGUACUUCCGCAUCCUGCAGUCGUCACCUGAGCGAGUACACGGUCCUCCUGCGGGUCUGGUGAGCGAGUGUGCGGACCACCCCGGCUCCUGCAGAUCUCUCCAGGCGGAGAAGAUUCCAGAGAGCUGGCGCGGGCCACCCACAAGAUUGCACUCUGAAAAUAGACUCCGUCAGGGGGAUUAUUCUGGUGCGUGGGAAAUGGCCCCCGGGCUCCUGACAACCAGGGACAAGGCAUUAAUGGCCUUCCAUGAUGUGGCUGUGGCCUUCAGCCAGAUGGAAUGGGAACUGUUGAGUCCAGCUCAGAGGACCCUGUACAGGGAGGUGAUGCUGGAGAACUACAGCCACCUGGUGGCCCUGGGAAUUGUGUUUUCCAAACCGAAACUCAUCACACAGCUGGAGCAAGGGGCGGAACCCUGGAGAGAUGGCAGUGGAUGCCUUUUGGACCUUUGUCUAGAACCCAGGAUGGAAUUAGAGGCCCAUGUCCCCUGCCCGAUACCCUUUGCCAGUCCGGAAGUCCUCCGAGCGUGUGUGCCGAGCGGACAGCCCCCUCACGCCUGCCCUGGCCCACCGGCAGGCAGCAGGCUGCAGUCGGAAGCUGCGGGCUGCCCCCACGGCGGAGGAGACGAGGAGGGAGACAGCGGCGACGCCCUCCUGCAGAGGGCGAGCCCCAGCCCGUGCCGCGGCCACGCAGCCUGCUGGGCGGAGGGCAGCGGGACGCGGACGAACCCCGGCCUGGCGCAGGCAGGGCUCCCCGACAGGGCGGGCGCGGUGUGGCGGGGACCCGGGGAGCCCCAGCCCGGAGCGCUCCUCCACGGAGCCUUCCCGCUGGCCCCGGCCUUUCCUGACUUCGGUCGGGGCUUCUGCCAGGGGUCGGAGGUCACGCCGCCGCAGCCGCCGCCCGGGGCGGAGAAGCCUUACUCGUGCUCCGAGUGCGGGCACCAGUUCGCCCACAAGGCCUCGCUCACCGUGCACCAGAGGAAGCACUCGGGGGAGAAGCCGCACGUGUGCGAGCAGUGCGGGCGGGGCUUCAUGUACGUGUCGUCGCUCAACAGCCACAAGAAGGUCGUCCACUCCGGGGAGCGGCCGCUGGCGUGCGCCGAGUGCGGCCGCGGCUUCCGCCAGCAGAUCGACCUCCUGCUCCACCAGCGCACCCACCUGGACCAGAAGCCGUUCGCCUGCCCCGAGUGCGGCCGCGGCUUCUGCCGGAAGGCCUCGCUCAUCCAGCACCGCUGGAGCGCGCACUCGGGCGAGAACCCCUUCCUGUGCCCCGUGUGCGGCCGCGGCUUCCGGCUGCUGUCCAGGCUCCUCACCCACCAGGUCACGCACUCGGGCGAGAAGCCCUACGUCUGCCCCGACUGCGGGAAGCGCUUCGGCCAGAGGGGCACGCUCAUCCGGCACCAGAAGACGCACACCGGGGAGAAGCCGCAUGUGUGCCGCCAGUGCGGCUGGGGCUUCACGCAGAAGGUCAACCUCGUCCGGCACCAGCGGGUCCACGCCGAGGUGAGGCCCUACCUGUGCCCCGAGUGCGGGCGCGCCUUCGAGUUCAAGUCCCUCCUCACCAGGCACCGGAAGACGCACACCGGGGAGAAGCCCUACGUGUGCGCCCAGUGCGGCCGCGGCUUCAGCCAGAAGUUCAACCUCCUCGGCCACCAGAGGGUGCACGCGGGGGAGCUGCCUUUCCUGUGCCCCGAGUGCGGGCGCGCCUUCCUGAAGAAGGCCACGCUCGUCCGGCACCAGCGGACCCACGCGGGCUGGGAGAAGCCCUACCGGUGCGCCGAGUGCGGGCGCGCCUUCGAGUUCAAGUCCCUCCUCACCAGGCACCAGAAGACGCACACCGGGGAGAGGCCGCACGUGUGCGCCCAGUGCGGCCGGGCGUUCAGCCAGAAGUUCAACCUCAUCGGCCACCAGAAGACGCACACGGGGGAGAAGCCCUACGCGUGUCCGCAGUGCGGCCAGAGUUUCAGGCAGAAGUUCAACCUCCUUCGGCACCAGAGGAUCCACACCGGGGAGAAGCCGUUCCUGUGCGCCGAGUGCGGGCACGCCUUCGGGAAGAAGGUCUCUCUCCUCCGGCACCAGAGGACCCACGGGGAGGAGAAGCCCUACCGGUGCCCGGAGUGCGGGCGCGCCUUCGAGUUCAAGUCCCUCCUCCUCAGACACCAGAAGACGCACACGGGGGAGAAGCCCUACGUGUGCGCCCAGUGUGGGAAGGCGUUCAGCCAGAAGUUCAACCUCAUCGGGCACCAGAGGAGCCACACGGGGGAGAAGCCCUACCCGUGCCCCCAGUGCGGGCGCGCCUUUGGUUUUAAGUCACUUCUCACCAGGCACCAGAGGACACACUCCAAGUAGGAGCCUCCUGUGGACAUCCUGUGAGGUUAGGGGCUGCAUGGGGUGUCACCUCUGGCUAGAGGACUCGGGCCAGUCUGUAGGGAAGCCAUGUUUUAACUCUGCCCUCUUUAGACUUGCUCUGGGAAGGAGUCCGCAGCGUGCAGGGAUUGUGGGGGUGGCGUUAGCCGGAAGUUUGACCUCCGCAGACAUCAACUCCGAGCAGGAGAAGUGUUUGGCUGGCCUGUUGUCUUCCUUUCCCCAGGAGCGUAAGGCUGGCAGAAAUCACUAGUGACUGUUCCGCUUUCCUGAAAUGGAGUAGGGGGAAUAUCCUUGUUUGUUCACGAAAUCAUUGGUUUAUGGUUUACUUUCUUCAGUUAGCAGUAUGUGUUAGUUCUCCAAAGCUCCCUAACAAAAUACUGCAAAACAAAACAAACAAAACGAAAACUUACUUUGCCACAUAUGUGGAGCCUGGGAGUCAUUUGUCAGGCUGGCUCAGGUGUGGGCCACGCCUCUCCACAGCUGUUGGAGGCCUUCCUGCUUCGCCUUGUUGGCACAGGACCCUCUCUCCUGUACAAGCUUCUCUAACUUUGAUUACUUUUUAAAUGUAAUUUUAAAGAUCUAAUCACUUUUUGCUCAAUAAUUCCCUGAACUUAUCUCUGCCCUCAUGUUUUGUUAGUUGCAGCAAGAGCAAGUAAGGCCACGCUUUGAUAAUCUGUAGGGCUCUCAUCUGAGUAUUUUGUACUUAUAUUUCUUAAAAUACCCCCUUUUGGGGCCAUCAAGAUGGUUCAGCAGAUAAAGGCAUGUGCCACAGAAGCCUGGGUACCUGAGUUUGAUUCCUGGAAUCCACACAGAAGGAGAGAACCAGCUCCACCUCCAUACACGCUGUGGCCUGUGUACUCGCUAGUGACCAUAAACACUUCAUCCUGUAAUACACGAGCAUCCAAUUCAGCCAAGUUCCUUGCCACUGUGUGGCAAGGAUUCUGUACCCAGUCUUUUUCCACCCUUCAUCCUCCCCCCAGCCCCUAUCACCAGCUGGGAAAGAAGGCUAGAGGGAAGGAGGGAGGAAGGAAGAGAGAGAUCCAUUUCUAAUUUGUUUCUUCUUUGAGCACGACUGCUAACAAACUACAACCAACUCCACCUAGCUUCGCCCUAGCAUUAUGUACCCUCUGAAAAAGUCCCAGAAUUCCGUAUGUCAAACAAUUGAAGAAAGUAUCUGCAGCUGGCAAAACCACGCUUCUGCUAGAGCACGAGGCAAAUUAUAGUCACCUGCUGCGAAGCAGCUCAUAUCGACACACCUGGGAUGCAAACGAAAACAUUUUUAGAAUAUUUCUGUAUUUUUAAAAAGAAACCGAAAUUUUAGAACUCUUACUGUAGGAUACCGGUUUUUAAGUCAGGUGUACCUGAUUCCUGUCGGAGACCUUGUCAGAAUUACUUCACACAUGCACCUCAAAUGGAUUCUAGCCUCCACAUACAUAAUUCCAAGCCAUGAACACAUUUUUAGGUUUGUUAUGACAAUAUCUCACUCUUGGUUCUAAAAUCCGUAUUAGCUAGGGUUACCAUAGCACUUUCCCCGUUACUUCUCUUCUCUUUCCCCAUUCUUGCCCCCAACCCCAUCCCUUCCUACCUUCAUUUUUUUCAGACAGGGUCUCAUGUAGCCCAGGAAGGCCUUGAGCUGACCAUGUAGCCAAGAUUGGCGUCAAACCCCAUGCUGGGUUUACACGUAUGUGCAACAAUGCCCAACCUUUCCAGUCUUACAAGGACACUUCAUAUUAGAUUAGGCCCAGACCUUCCACAUUUCUGAACCUCUUUAAAUGUUCUACCUCCAAACACAAUCACAUCAUCGCAGCUUUAACACACGAACCGAGCUUGGAGUGGGACAUGGUUCAACACAACAGUAUUCUCCCUCCGUUCCCAAAGUUGUGACUAGCCAUCAGCUCCGGCCAUUCCCUUCCUCCACAGUGGUAGAGAUGUCAGGAACCACUAGUAAAUGCUCUGCUUUUCUGAUGGGGAGGGAGGAGAGUUGCAUUUCCUCCCCCAUCAUGAGGUACUCGAUGUGUGCUUUUUACAUGGCAGCCCUCUGUACUUCAUACUCUUUAAAUAAACUGGUUCUCUGCAAAGCUGCUCACCCAGCUCUAGACUGCACUGUGAUCUACUGUGGAGUAUUCCCUGGCAUUGAACUUCUUGGGAGCCAUGGAGCAUUUACACUGCACAUUCAUUCUGGGUCCUGUCUCUUUAAAGUGAGUAAUGUCUUGAACCUCACUUUCUUGAAAGGUUCUCCAGUGUGGCUGUCCUGGAACUCACUACAUGGACCACGCUGGCCUUGAAUUUGGAGAUUUGCCUGUCUCUGAUGCCCUAGUAUUGGGAUUAAAGGCCUGUGCCACCACUGCCCAGCCAGGCAUUUGUUCUUAUCCUGUGUGCAUCCCGAAGGCUCAUCUCAUUUAGUUGUGCCCGCAUGCCAGUGGUCCAGCCUGAGGAGUCACACCCUUCAGUCCCAAACUUCCGUAGUCCUCCAGCCAGGAGUGAGGCAUCAGAGGCUACCAACCUUUUACAUCUAGCCCCAGGCAAUACUUCUCAAGUCCCUUUUCUCUAAUCUUCAGAGUCAAAGGUCCUUAAUCCUGAAAAGUACACACUCUAGGUUUGGCCCCAGCCUGGUCCCCAUGACGUCACAUUCACCAUAGGAUUGGUCAGGACUUGGAACGUUUCCUGGCUCAGGUGAGGUUUCCCCAGAAUGAAACCAAACGAUUUCAGUGAAGAGUCAGAGCCUGGGGAGGAUGGAUGGAAGAAUGGUAAAUGGGUAUCACUGGCCCUGCCAUGCACCUGGGGAUGUCCAGGCUUGCUUGGUAUCCUGGCCAGCCUGACGGGGGGCUAGGAAUAUCUGGGGAUGGGACCUUACUUCGGAGCCUCUUUGCCUCAUCUUCUCAAGUGGCCUGGACUGAAAGUGACGUGUGUAUGUGGUGUGGAAUCGGUUCACAUCAAAAGUUUUAAAUUUCAUUUUCCAAGUGGACACCAACAUAUGUAUCUACCAUUUACCUCAGUAGUUUGAUCAAAUCUACCUCUCGUUCCCUUUCAUCUAAUUCCUCCUCUCUCCAGCAAGCUUUUCCUUUCCAACUUGAUGUGCUUUCUGUCUUAAAAGAAAAUUUAAUAACCAUGCUUCUAGUUGCUUUUCUGUUGCUGUGAUAAAACACCACAACCAGAGGGAACCUAAGCACGAGAGAGUUCAUGUUGAGUGACGUCUCCAGAGGGAUGAAGAGUCUGUGAUGGUGGGCUGGAGGCUUGCUAACGAGGCAGCAUGGCGGCUGGGCGGGACGCCGAGAGCUCGUGCUUUGCUGUGAGCGCGAGGUGUAGGGCACAGCACUCUUAAAAGCUCACCCCAGGAACCUCCCAACCUUCCUGAACAGCACUGCCAAGUGGGGACCCAAUGUUCAAACGCCUGAGAGUCUGGGGUACAGCUUCUCAUUCAAAUCACCACACCCCUUCCCCAGCCAUGCUGGGGAGCUUUGGCUGGUGAUGUUCAAAGUCUUGUGCAUCCGGUUGCACGGCUGGGCGUUCACGUGUGCAGCUGUACUGUCUGGCACAAACACUGUUUUGCUCCAGAGCCUCCCUCUGGCUCUUAUAAUCUCUCUGCCCCUCCCCCAACCCCUUUUUGUGGGCCUUUAUAUUAAUUUCCAAGUACGGCAAAAAGAGGAUUCUCAGAUGAGGGCUGAGAAGUGCACGAAUACGAUACGUAGGUAUAAAAAUAAGAAAUCUGGGGCUGAAAGUU